AUGACAGAAGAAUUACAACAAGAAGAUUAUUCUAAAGUAUUGACUGCCGUUACAGAGGCAAUCACAAAGAUGAUAAACAACAACUUUUUUACGUUGGUUUAUCCGCUAGCUGUAGAGGGAUGUCUUAAAAUGUAUCGUCUUACACCACCACUCACUGAAUGGUUUGUAAGCACGAAUAUCAAAAUAGCAGCAGACUAUAUGCUAUCACUGCUUAGCUUUGCAAACCAAAUGUGGGUCGCCACUCAAAACGGUGCAAAUAGCUACUCUGAGAUAUUCGAAUUGUUUACAUACUUUCAAUCGUUUUGUCAGACCUACCCAGAUGUCUUGGUGUAUAACCCAAUCAAAGUACACUCAAUUCUCUACAUUUGUGCAAUGAAUCUAGGUCAUCCCGAUGUUGGACAAGAGUAUGGUCAAUUAGUGUAUCAAGAUAUACUGUCACAAAAUGAUUGGUUUACAAAGGCAUUGGAGUCAGGUCAAUGGUAUCGUUGGUUUACAGUUGGAGGUGGUGGUUCAAAUGAAUUGGUCAAUAUAGUUGAGAAUAUCAAGUCAUUGUUACAGUUGAUAGUGGUUGAAUGGGAUGUACUAAAAGCUAAUCUGUUAUUAAAUGAUAAAGAAGAGAUUGAUCAAUUGACCUAUUCAGUAUCAAAGAAAAUUAAAAUAAUAUUUAUUUUAUUGGAUUUAGAAAGACAACAACAACAAAAAGAUAUAUUAGAGAUAGAGGAAAGAAAUUCAUUAUUUAAAAUGGAUUUGGUUGUUGAACAAUCACUGGGAAAGGAUGAAAUUUAUAAUUUCGAUUAUUCAUCGAUAUUAUCAGAUUCAACUGGAGAUUAUGAUAGUGCGGUAUUGUAUAUACGCUCGUGUCUAAAUAUCACCACCCGUCAAUUUGACACCUUUCAAAGUCAAAACUAUUUCCAAAGGUUUCUUCAAUUGGUUGACAAGUUGGAAUCAAAUACAGAAAAGGUAGCACAACUCGUUCAAGCGUCAAGAAUUCUUUGUAUCUUUACUGGAACAAUUGAUUUAGCGUUGCAAGGACUGACCAUGGCCUACAACAUCGCACUACAACCGCCACACAAUGUCUCACCCGACAACCAGUUGGUCGAGAUCCUACCAGAACUCAUGGAAACCAUUUCAAUUAAAAUUAAAAACCAAAUAGACACUAGUAUGACCCAAGCUGAUUUAUUGUGUCUCCAAAGCCAAAUAGACCAAUACCACAAAGAAAUGAUUCAUGUCUUGGAGUACUCACAACAUCCAAAACGACAUUUCUACCAUUUUAGAGUGUCUGUCCUCGUUCAAGACUUUGAAUCAUCUAUCAAUCUUGCACUCGACCUGCUCCAAGAGAUUGAUAGGAAUGAAUCAUCGCUGACUAGAGAUGAAAUUCAAUCGUUUGUUGGUCUCAUACCUAGCUACUCUCCAAUGACACUAGACGAGAGAAUGGAGAGAUUAUAUGGGUUCCUCAAAAGAUUGGGACCUGUCUAUUCCAUUAUGCCUAGUUGGCAUUAUGCCAAUGCAGAGGCUACCUAUUAUUUUAAUACACACCAAUAUGAAAAAGCAAAGGUGUGUGCACAAAAAUUGAUAGACAAUCGCGACUCACAACAACAAGAUGAACUAAUCCGUUCAUACACCAUACUGCAUGGUAUACACAUGUUUCAUGGAGAAAUAGAGGAAGCAAACAAAAUGACAACCGAAAUUAUCAAGAUCGAGAAAUCAAAAGAACAAACGACUGUCCCUCCCAUGGCCCCUCAUUAUUCAUACCGGGAUCCUCUUGUCUUUGAUUUUUUGGACCCCUCGACUGUAGAGAAAUGUUGGAAACGAUUGGAAUCAAAUCUAAACGAUACCGUUGCCGACAGAGUUUACACUCGUACCGUAUUGUUGGGGAUCAUAGCAGCAACACAUCCACCUGAAGAAGUUGAAAAGUUUAUCUUGACAGACUUUCCAUACAGCACACCAGAAGAGAUCAAACAAUUCAAAGAAAAUAAGCUAUACAGUUUAGCUCUUAUCAGAGUCUCCAUAUCACUCAUUGAAAGAGGACAGUAUGAACAGGCAACAAAAUUUCUAAUCGAAAGUAGAAAAAAUAUAUUGUCUCAUGUGGUUGGUGAUUCAAUCAAUGACAAACAAGGAAAAAAGCUGAUGAGUAUCACAGAUACAAUUCCAUCAUUUUUUUCAGAGUUGGAAUAUUGUCAAUUGCAGUUGGAUAGGAAAAUAGAAGCGCUAUUAUCAUUUGAUGAAAGAAGAUCAAUGACUUUGUGUCGAACACUUGCCAAUCGAUUUAAUCUCAACACAAAAGACAGCAACAAGAAUAAUAACAACAACAACAACAAACUCCUUCUGUCGAUUGAUGAAAUGAAAAAACUAUCAUCAACAACCAACUCUACAUUUAUUGUCUACGUUGCUGAUCAUUGUUAUGUCAUUGAUCAUAAAGGAGUCAAUAUCAAACAAUUACAAAUCAAAGUUAAAAUCAUUUCUAAUUUUACUCGUGCAUUUGUUAAAAUUUCUGAAAAUGGUUUAUCAUCAUUUAAAGAACGAAGUAUUAUUCAUUUGCCAAUGAAUAAUAGCAGAGAUAAUUCAAGAGAAAAAAAGAAAUCAAAAUCUCCUUCAAGUGGAAGUGGAUCACUUUCAUCAGCAUUUGCAAAUUUAUUAAAACCAACCAGACAACAAGCAGAGGAAGAUGAAAGUGAUGAAGAAAAUGAAAGUGGUGAUGAAAAUGAAUAUGAAAAUGAAAUUCAAGAAUAUUAUAGAUUUAGAUCAGAUCAAUCCCCUUCACUAUCUCAUUUAACAAAAAAGGAAGAAUUGGUUGAAAAAUUAAAACAAUGGUACAGUGAAUUAAUCGAACCAAUCGAAGAGUAUUUACCUUCUUCUUCAAACGACAGAACAUUGGUCUUUGUUCCAAAUGAAAAUUUAUCCAAUGCUCCAUUCUCUGCAUUGAUCGAUAAAAAUGGUCAAUAUCUUGUCGAAAGAUUCCCAAUAUCCACCACACCAUCAUUAUCAUUAUUAAAUACUCUAUCUCAUUUACAACAUUCUAAUAAUAAUAAUAAUAAUAAUAAUAAUAAUAAUGUAUUAUUAGUUGGUAAUCCAAUUGGAAGUGGAUUAGAUUUUACAGAGGUAGAGGUGAAUAAGUGUCAACAACUAUUCCAACAAUCUGAAUAUACCUGUUAUACUUUGUUGCACGAAAAUGCAAAUCUAACAAUGGUUAGAUCAAUUUUAGAAAAUACAAGAUUACAACAUAUCCACUUUGCAUGUCAUGGUGGAUUCAAUGGAAAAAGUAAUUUCUCAUCAUUCAAAGGAUCAUUAGAAUUAUGUAGACGUAAAAAUGGCAAACCAGCCAAACUAUUCUCUGAAGAUAUUAUUCAACUUGUCAAUGGAAUCCAAUCACAUACAGUAUUUCUAAGUUGUUGUCACUCUGGUAAAGGAAACAACAAACAACAAGGUCUCAUUGGAUUGGUUUGGUCAUUUCAUUGUGCAGGUGCUCUAUCGGUUGUUGCUAGUCAUUGGGAGUUACCAGAUACACCCCUUACAAUGACACCAACAAAUGAUUCUCAAACAUUGAUAGGUGUUUUAGAUAAAUUAGAAUUUAUUAGCAACAACAUAUUUUCGUUGCCACCUGGCCAUCAGGGAGUAGAAGUAAAGGAAUGUUUUAGCAUUUAUCGUGCUGCACCUCUACUAUUCACUGAAUGGUUUAAAGUAGUGGGUAUGGAUCGAACUACAGACUAUAUGCGGUUACUGCUUAAUUGUGCAUACAAAAUUUGGGUUGCCUCUAUUCACAAGGGUGACAAUGGCUACGCAGAGAUAUUCGAAUUGUUCACCUACUUUGAGUCGUUUUGUCUGACCUACCCCAAAUUAGUUGAUGGUGACCAAAACGAAUGGGUGCACCCAAUCCAUAUAAAGUCAAUCAUAUCUUUAUGUGCAAUGGAGCUUGGUCAUUACGAUAUUGCACUAGCGUAUGGUAAACUAAUAUAUCAAGAUAUGUUAUCACAAAAUGAUUGGUAUACAAAGUCAUUGGAGUCAGGUCAAUGGUAUCGUUGGUUUGAAAUUGGAAAUGGUGGUUUAGAUGAUUUGGCUAAAAGAAUCACCUAUAUCGGGUCACUGUACAAUUUGUUAUUGGUUGAAUGGGAGGUAUUCGAUACUAGUCUGAAAACAAAGGACUAUGAGGAGAUCACUCAAUUGGCAUAUUCCAUAUCAAAGAAAAUCAAAAUGAUCUCUAUUUUAUUGGAUACAGUAAGACAACAACUUCAACAACAACAACAAAAACAACUAGUGAUAUUAGGAAAAGAACAAAGAGUAUUUCAAAUGAAUUUCGUUGUUGAGCAAUUGCCACUGAGAGACAAUUAUAUUCUUAAUAAAAUUUUAAUGAAUAUAUGUAUGUUAAGCGCCAUUGGCCUAAAUAGUAUGGGUUCCAACACUUUGCAAAGUCAAAACUAUUUCCAAAGAUUUCUUCUUAUGGUUGACAAGUUGGAAUCAAUGUAUGCAAAGAUAGAGCGACUAGUUGAAGCGUCGUAUGUUCUUUGUAUGCAUACUGGAACGAUAGACCUAGCGUUGAAAGGAUUGGGGACGGCAUACAACAUCAUUACACAGGAUUAUCAACAAAAUCACAUGCCAAACCAGCUAAUCGAGAUCCUUAUCUAUCUUAUUAGAAACACAAAGUUAAAAAUAUGGCACCAAAUAGGCACCAUUUCUCAAGUCAAUGUAUCGUUUCUCGAGAGCCAAAUAGAACAAUACCACAAAGAGCUGACAUAUGUCUUGGAUUUUUCUCACCAUCCAAAACGACAUUUCUACCAAUUUCAUGCUUCGGUUUCUGAAGACUUGAAAACAUCGAUCGAUCUGGCACUACAAAUAUUCCAUGAGAUUGAAAGGAAUGAAUCUCCGCUGACCAGAGAGGAGAUACAGAUGUUUAUGUGCCUCAUCCCCAACUCCUUUCAAGUAGAACCUGAUGAGAGAAUAGAGAGAUUAUAUGGUUAUCUCAAACAAUUGGGUCCAGUCUAUAUCGGUGGAUACCAUUGGAACUAUGCCAAUGCAGAGGCUACAUAUUAUUUUAGUACACACCAAUAUGAAAAAGCAAGAGAAUGCUCACAAAAAAUGAUCGACUGCUUUAUCCCUCAAACUUCCUCAUGA